UAAGGAAAACCAAACCCUUUAAGAAGCAACCUAUCUUAAUUCCUUUCAUCUCUUCUAGGCCUCUGGUUAGUAGUCGGUUUAGCAGUCAUGGCCGAGCAGAAGGUGACAACAAUGGUGCUGAAUGUGGACUUACAGAGCUCAAAAUGCUACAAGAAGGUUAAGAACCUUCUCUGCAAAUUUUCUGAAAUACGAGAUCAGGAGUAUGAUGAGAAGGCAAACAAGGUGACAAUUAAGGUGGUGUGCUGCUCGCCGAAGAGGAUCAGGGACAAGUUGUGCUGCAAGGGUGGUGGAUGCAUCAAGAGCAUUGAGAUCAAAGAGCCCGAAGAGAAAUCCAAAAAAGAGAACUCGAAGGGGCAAGAGAAGGAAAAGGAGGAACAGAAAGAGCCUGCAGAGGAGACGAAAAAGAAGAAAGAGGACUCCCCAAAGCCCAAAGAGAAACAACCACUAACUAUAGAGCUGGAUCUGCAACUUCCAUUACCGCCACGGGUUCCACGUCCUUUAGGGUUUUGUUGCGAUGAUUGCUACAGUGGAAGGCCUGGGGGCCCAUGUUGGAGUGGUGGGCGAGUCCAAUAUGAUGGAUGUUAUGGGAGACCCGUUUACGACAGUUGGGGUUGGGGUGGCUGUACUAGCAGUUACGCCUAUUACUGUACUGAACAAUAUCAAGAGGGAUGCACAAUCAUGUAAACAAGUCAUUGCCUGCUUCAUCAACCAUCAUCUUCAAGCUACUCCAUUCCGUACGUUGAAUUAUAUGCACGUGUGUUAAAUUUUGUUUUCCUCUAUCAUGUACUACUUAAUUAGUCCUUAAUUAAGAAAAAGAACAGUAAGAUCAGUGUGUUUUAUGGUGAAUUAUAUAUGUAUGAUGCAUGGGAUGAUGAAUUAUAUAUGUAUGAUGCAUGGGAUAAUUCUGUUUGUUAACAUAAAUUUAUGUUACUUUU